GAGAGAGAGAGAGAGAGUGCAAUAUUCGUCCAGAAAACAAUGUCUCGUGUCUCUCUAGUCCUUUCCGACUGAACCCUCUUCGAACAUGCCCGACACAAAGAAGAGAAACUGUAGAAACAUCCUGAUAGAUCGCCAUGACGAGGCUGUUUUCUUUCCUUCUCCUUUUUGGGGUCUCCAACACUAUAAAUACCGCUUCUUUCUUCUGUGAUUUCACGAGACCGAGAGGUGACUGAAAUCCCCGUUCUGUCCUCUUCCUCCUCCUCCUCCUCGUCCUCCUUUGUUCUGUUUCUCUCUGCCAACGUUGAAAAGAAAAGAUUCAAGAAUGGCUCUGAAAGCAGUUCACGUCUCCGACGUCCCGAGUCUCGAUAAAGUCCCGGAGACCGCCACAUUAGACCUCUCUUCCCAACCCCGCUUCCUUCGAGAAGCGAACAAGGUCGACGGUGAGCCGAUGAAGAUGUUGGUGAUCGGACACAGAGGAAGCGGAAUGAACGUGGUGCAAUCGAGCGACCGGAGGAUGCGAGCCAUCAGAGAGAACUCGAUCCUCUCUUUCGAGGCCGCCGCCGCUUUCCCUGUCGACUUUGUCGAAUUCGACGUUCAGGUGACUAAAGAUGACUGCCCAGUCAUUUUCCAUGACAACUUUAUCCUCUCCGAACUCGAGGGAGAGGUAAUUGAGAAAAGGGUCACGGACCUCACCUUAGACGAGUUUCUCUCAUACGGACCACAAGAUUCGCCUGGAGAGGUGGGAAAGCCUCUCUUUAGGAAAACCAAAGAUGGGAAGAUUUUUGAGUGGAAGGUUGAGAAUGAUGCUCCUCUAUGCACCUUGCAAGAAGCAUUCGAGAAAGUCGAUCCCUCGAUCAGCUUCAACAUCGAAUUGAAGUUUGACGAUCAGAUUGAGUACAAAGAAGACGAACUCGUCCAUGUUCUUCAAGUUAUUCUCAAUGUAGUGAGCAAUUAUGCCAAGGACAGGCCUAUUCUAUUCUCAAGUUUCCAACCUGAUGCAGCCAUUUUGAUCCGGAAGCUGCAAAGCAAUUACCCGGUAUUCUUCCUCACUAAUGGAGGGACCGAAAUUUACAAGGACCAAAGAAGGAACUCGUUGGAUGAGGCGAUUAAGCUAUGUUUAGCCGGCGGACUGCAAGGGAUCGUGUCUCAAGUGAAGGCCAUCUUCAGAAAUCCCAGUGCCAUCAACGGAAUCAAGGAGUCCAAUCUGUCCCUAAUCACCUAUGGCCAGCUAAAUAACGUUCCUGAGGUCGUGUACAUGCAAUAUCUGAUGGGCAUCGAGGGAGUGAUCGUCGAUUUCGUCCCUGAGAUAACGGAGGCAGUCUCGGACAUCAUGGGUCCUGUCAAAGAGGGCGACAGAGAGACGGCUUCAGCAGAGGAAGCCAAAGCCAAGCCCCAGUUUUCGCAGCACGAACUCUCUUUCCUGCUGAAGCUUAUACCAGAGUUGAUACAGUCCUGAAGUGUCUUCAAAUUAUUCAGAAAAACCAAUUUCUGUGAAACCCCUCUCUAACAAUUUUAGCAAGUCUAAAUGCCCUCAAUGUCCUUUUAUCACCCUCAGGCUUGGUUCUUGAAGAUCAGUGGCCAUGUUAUUCGUGUACAGAUUAGUUCUCACAACCCAUCAAGACUUUGUAUCACUAGCUCUCCCCUCUGAUCAUGUUGCUUGGUUGUACUCUUAACCCAAGUCCUCUAGCACGAAAUGUAUGGUACGAGACUCGGCAUGGUGUAGUCGACAAGUUUCUCGACAAA